AUGGAAUUAUUAGAACCAGAUCUUUUUGGUGGUUUAACCAAAAACAUUACAGCUGAAAUGAUAUCAAAAGACAAGAAGAAGGAUAAAUAUAUUGAUGACACUGAUGCUCCAGUAUCUAAGAGACAUAAGGUUCAUAAGAGUUUAGGAUCAGAAUAUAAGUUAAUAAAGAAAAUUGGAUCAGGUGCCUUUGGGGAGGUAUUUGUGGUAAAAGAUCGCCGUGACGACCAGUAUUAUGCAUGCAAAGCUCAGAAAGUGGAGGAGUCAGGUGGAGCUACACUAUUAUUUCCUGAAGCUAAGUAUUUGAUCCGAUGAGCAGGAGACUGAAUUCCAAGAGUCAAAGAUUACAUCCAAGGUACUAACUAUCAUAUCUUAAUUAUGGAAUUGUUAGGACCAAACUUGGAAAAUUUAUUUUAAGUACUGAGAAAGGAAGUUCUCUCUCAAAACAAUCUUAAUGAUAGCCAUCCAAACUUUGAUGCGAAUAAAUUAUCUUCACAGUAAGUUGGUUAUCCAUAAAGACAUUAAGCCUGAGAACUUUGUAGUGGGGUAUGGCUCUAACGAAAAGAGGAUCUAUUUGGUCGACUUCGGGCUUGCUGGGGAUUUCAGAUCACCUAGAGAUGGAAAGCACAUAGAACUUCAGAAAAGAAAAAGUUUAUGUGGUACAGCAAGAUAUGCAUCCAUAAAUACCCACGAAGGGCAUAAUCAAUCUAGAAGGGACGAUCUAGAGUCUCUAGGUUAUGUCCUGAUUUACUUUUUGUUAGGCAAGCUUCCUUGGCAAGGCUUUGAUACAAAGGAAAAGAAAGAUAAAUAUAAGAAGAUUGAAAAGUCAAAGAAGACUGCUAAUCUAGAAAAGUUGCUAGAAAAAUACCCCCAAGUAUUCCUUAAAUACUUAAACUAUACGAAAAAUCUAGGGUUUGAGGAUAGGCCAUGCACUAGAGACCUUAUUAAACUGUUUCAAAAAGAAAUGCACUUGAGAGAAAUGGAAAAUGACGGAAAUUUCGACUGGGUUCUAAAAAGAGCAAAGCAAGUUCCUGGCAAACGACAAUAAAGACGAAGAAAAUGCAAAAAGGA